AUGUUUCUUUUAUCGGCAUUCUUUUCAGUAUUCUUUUUCCCCUUUCUUUUGUCUCUUUUUUCAUUCAAAGCAGUUAGAAUAUCUUUUCGUUUGUGUUUUCUCCUAUUAUCGGCAUAUUCUUUUGUCUCUUCUUUUUUGUCCCAUUCUUUCGUUUGUGUUUUUAUUAUCAGCACUUUCAAUUGUCUCUUUUCUACAUUUAUCCUGUAUUCUUUAUCGGCAUCUAUUAUUCUUUCUUUCAAUGUCAUUUUUUUAUUCUGCACUUUCAAUUCUUUCUUUUGUGUUUUCCUUUAUCCAUAUAGUAUUCUUUUUUCCUCUUUAAUCCUUUUUUAUUAUCUACAUAGAAUAUUCUUUCAUUUGUUUUCCGAUUAUCUUCAUUCUAUAGUAUUCUUUGUCUUCUCUGUUAUUCUUUCCUCUACAUUCUACAUAUUAUUCUUUCCUUCAUUCUUCCCCCUUUUGUGCUCUUCAUUCUACAUUAUUUUUGUCUCAUGUGUCAUUCAUUUUCCUCUUUUACAUCCAUUCUUUUGUCUCUGUGUCAUUUUUAUUCAGCAGUUAGAAUAUUCUUUUAGUUUCAUCACAAUAUUCUCAGCAUAUCCUCUUCUUUUGUCUCUGUGUCUUUUAUUAUCAGCAGUUCUUUAUUCUUUCAUUUGUGUUUUCUUAUCUCUUAUAUGUAUUCUUUUUGUCUUCAUUUUAUUAUCAUCCCUUAGAAUUCUUUUCAAUAUUCUUUCAUUUGUGUUUCCCUUCAUUAUCGGCAUAUCUAAUUCUUUUUGUCUCUGUGUCUUUUUUCAUUAUUCCUCUUUCAAUAUUCUUUCGUUUGUGUUUUUCUAUUCAUUCAUAUAUAGUUUUCUUUUGUCAUCUUUUAUUUUUUCUUCUUGUCAUUUUUAUUAUUCCCCUUUCAAUAUUCUUUUCAUUCUGUUUUCUCAUUAUUUGCAUUCAUUUCCUCUUUUGUCUCUGUGUCAUUUAUUAUUCUUUCGUUGUUUUUCCCAUCAUCACAUUCAUUCUAUUCUUUUGUCUCUGUUUCUUUUUUAUUAUCAGCAUUUAGAAUAUUCUUUCAUUUUCUUCCCCCUUUAUCGGCAAUAUAGUCUUCUUUUGUCUCUGUGUCAUUUUUUAUUAUUCAGUUUCAUAUUCUUUCGUUUGUCCUUUCAACUUUGCCCAUCAUCCCAUUCAUUAUUUUUUUUGUCUCUCUGUCAUUUCAUUCUCAGCACAGUUAGAAUAUUCUUUCGUUUGUUUUUUCAACAUUGCAUAUAUAGUCAUUCUUUGUCUCUGUGUCUUUUUAUUAUCUACAGUUACAUGAAUAUUCUUUCAUUCAUUUUUCCUCUUUUUCUCUUCAUUCUGCUUUAUAUAGCAUUCUUUUUGUCUCUGUCUUUUAUUAUCACACUUUCUUUGCAUUCAUUUUCCUCUUUCGAUGCUCUAUCCAACAUUUUGUCAUCCUUUCUUUUUUAUUUUCAGCAAUCCUCUACAUUCUACAUGUUUAUUCUUUCAUUCAUUCUUCCUGUUUCAAUGCUCUUCAUUCUACAUAGCUCAUCUUUGCAUUUCUUUCCUCUUUCCUAUUAUCGGCAUAUUCAACAUUUUAUUAUCAGCAUCAUCCCUUCAUUCUUCCACUUUCAAUCCUCUACAUUCUGUGUCUUUUAUAUUCUUUCAUUCUUCCCCUUUUUUCAAUGCUCUUAUUUUGUCUCUGUGUCUUUGCAUUCAUUUUCCUCUUUUCGAAUAUUCUUUCAUUUUAUUCUUUUUGUCUCUGUUCUUUUAUUUUCAAUGCUCUUCAUUCUAUAUCUUUCAUUUGUGUUUUCCUAUUAUCUACAUAUAGUAUUCAUUUUCCUCUCUUUCAUUUCAGCAGUCCUUCUUAGUUUGUGUUUCAAUAUUUGCCCAUCAUCCCAUUCAUUGUCUCUUUGUCCUUUACAUUCAGCAUUAGAAUUAUCUCAUUUGCAUUUUCUUUUCUCUUUCGUCAUGCUAGUAUUCUUUUGUCUCAUCCACUUCAUUUUAUUAUCGUUUCCAAUAUUCUUUUCUGUUUGUGUUAUUUUUCGGCACAUACAUUUCUUCCCCCUUUCAAUGCUCUUCAUUUAUAUAUCACCCCUUGCAUUCAUUUUCCUUUUUCGUUGCUCCUAUUCCUUUUGCCCAUUAUCCCAUUUGUCUCUACCACUUUUUAUUAUCCUCCCAUUCUACAUGAAUAUUCUUUCAUUCAUUCUUCCCUCUUUCAAUGCUCUUCAUUCUACAUUUUAUUAUCAUCUUUUACAUUCAUUUUCUCUUUCAUUGUCCUUUCCCAUUAUCAUCAUCCCCUUCAUUUUUGUCCACUUUCAAUCCUCUACAUUCUCAUCUUCUUUCUUUUACAUAGCUCAUCUUUUUCAUUCAUUUUCCUCUUUCGGUGCUCCUAUUCUUUUGUCCAUCAUCCACUUCAUUCUACCAAUUUCAAUCCUCUACAUUCUACAUGAUAUUCUUUCAUACAUUCUUCCCCUUUUAAUGCUCUUCUUUCUACAUUAUUAUCUUUGCAUUCAUUUUUCUUUCUUUCUAUUGCAAAUUCCACUUGUCAACGUUUCAUUUUUCUUCAGUUCUACAUUCUUUCUUUCUUUUCCAUUCUUCAUCUUUUGUCUCUUCAUUCUACAUAGCUCAUCUUUGAAUAUUCCUCUUUCGUGUUCCCUUUCAGCCACAUCAUCCCCUGUUCUUUUCUACCACUUUCAAUCCCCUCCAUUCUACAUUUAUUCUUUCAUUAUAGUUCUUCCUCUUUCAUUCUUCAUUCUACAUAGCUCAUCUUUGCAUUCAUUUCCUUCUUUCGUGCUCCUAUUCAACAUUGCAUCAUCCCUUCCAUUUCUACCACUUUCAAUCCUCUACAUUCUACAUGAAUAUUCUUUCAUUCAUUCUUCCUCUUUCAAUGCUCUUCAUUCUACAUAG